UCUGGAUGCCGUCUCCACCGUCUUGAUGUCCCUCCCGAAGCUCAAGACCCUACGACUGCACGGCAACCCCGUCACCAGCAACACCAAAUGCUGGAUGGCUGUAGUAGAGGCGGCCUCCUCCCUUGAGGAGCUGGACGGCCGAGCUAUCUCCGAUUACAGCAGAAUGUGUCUACAGAAGAGGAAGGUGCUCCUCAACAGCUCCUCGAAGGUCACCACCGCUGACAAAACGACAGGGAAAUCGUUCAACUCGGAGUGUCUGAAGUUGCCGACAAGUCAACCGCCAAACGAACACGUAUUUUUCACCGGUGAAGAUCGUAGCCGACAUUGUCGCCCUAUCGGAGCAAAAGAAAUAAUCUCAUGCAAAUCUCUAAUUAAAAAAUAUCAAAAUUAACUCUGCAAUACUUGCAAAUAGCGUAUCGCCGUAUUAUUGGUUCAGCUCACGUUGAACUAUAAAUGUUUAUAUUCCUAAGUGGAAGGAGAAAUAUUGACGUUGAAAAUUUACUUGGGAUCAUUAUCUACCCCAUCGAAAAAAGGCUUUGACAUAAAUGUGGCAAGCUACCAGUGAAUUUGCCUACUUCUUUGUCAAUCAUAACCAUAUGUGCUGACGCUUAUAUAAAAAAUUCAUCAUGUGUACUUUCUCGUCAAUGGAGGAUUAUAUUCAAAGAUACAGGCAUGAGUCAUGGACUUGUUAUUUCAAACAUUUUCUGCCGUCAUCAAAGGCAUCAGCAGAAGGCUGGUCAACUUAUUGCUUUAAAAUAUUAAAAAUACCCUUAAAAAGGAUCUCCCUGCAUCUAAUAUUCAAGAAAAAACUCGCAAUAAGGUAAUCAUCUUUUUGCAAUUUCUGAUGAUAAAAUGGAAUUUACAAAAUGUAAAAUGGAAUAUUACAGCCGUUUAUAUUGUUUAGAAGCAUCAUAUAAUACAAAA